AAUGUGUUCGUUAUUUUACCGUCUUGCUCUGUUCGGAUCUUAGAGCUUUGUUUCGCAAACGUGGUCAUGCAAGAAACUGAUGCUAAGUUACGUGUACAUAUGUUUAAAUGGGACUUCAUCGCUUAUUCUGUUUUUUUCAAUGCGAACGUGAAUGCUUAUGAUCUUACUAGAGAAAUUACUUACGUGGUUACUACGUUACAUUAUUACUGCUCUUACCAGCCCAACAUUGGUAUCCAUUUUACGUGUAUGGGCAGAGGGAAGAGGGCAUGCUAUAGCUCUUUCUGCGAAAUGUUCCGAGAGCAAGUGAACACCAUCUCUUCCUGGUUCGAUCAGUGGAAUGAGUGUGAGAGGACUGUGGCUCUUUACUCACUCAUAAAACGCGUCACUCAUGUCAAUGCCCGCUUCCUGUCACUUGUCUUGGACCAGACACUUGGCGACUCUCACGAACUGCAGCUUCACGAGCAACAGGCAAAUAAUCCAGGGUUUGUAAGCAGUUUGCCAGCCGAGAGUGAUGCAGCAAUAGCCCAACUUCUGCUGCAUGUUCCACUUCUGCGCCCAGGGAACAAUGAAACCAAAGCUCGUUAUGUGACUAUAAUACAUAAAGUUCUGAGCCACACUGUUGAGACCGGUGCUCAUAUCGACAAGGCUCGACAGCUGCUCUCGUACAGCCUCAUCCACCCAGCUUUUAAUGGGGAAGACAGGAGGUCUUUGACAUACUGGUUGAGGCUCCUAGAAGCCCGGAUCACAAAUGGAACCACUCGAAUGAUGCCACCGACAGUGUGUGACUCGCCUCAGCACCAACAAACCACUAUCAUGUGGGGGCAGCAACAGCAGCGGAGUAGAGGAAGUGGUGGAAAUGAUGUGACUCUUAUUAAUGGGCACUGUAUCGUGCACAGCUGCAACUCGGCACCGUCCAUUGCGUCUCUCAAUAAGUCAGGUUUCACAGAUGCCAUUGGUAACUACUCCAGUAGUACUCAUCCUCGUGUGCGUAGAAGCAAUAGUCUCACACCUCCAGUCAGUAUUACGCAAACUUCAGACUUCUGGAGCUCACAGGAUGACCUGUCUGGCAGACAGAAGCCACGCAGUUUCUCACUGUCUUCAGAACAUGCCCCUCCCCUCUCUCCUCAGAGCUCACUGGCCUCCUCAGGAAGUGGUUCUCUUGAUGAACUACGCUCAGGAUUCAUUUCAGAUGCUUGUGGAAUGCGUGAUGUUCCAUCAUGGCUAAAGUCAUUACGACUUCACAAGUAUGCACAGUUGUUUGCGCAGUUGAGUUAUGAGGAGAUGCUGGCGCUCACAGAAGAACAACUUGCUGCUCAGGGUGUCACUAAGGGCGCUCGACAUAAAAUUAUCAUCAGCAUUCGUAAGCUAAGGGAGCGCUACAACACACUGUGUCAGUUGGAGAAGGAAGUGGUUGAAGGUAACAACCUGGCUGCAGCUCUGGAAGAGUUAAAGGCAAUUCUACUGUCGCCAAUCAAAGCUUCCCAUCGUGAUGACAAGGAGAGAGAUGAGACUGAAUUUGGUAGUGAUGUGAAGAUCACUGAUAAUGGUACUGCUGGCAGUAAUGUAGAAAAUACUGGCAGUGACUUCAUACUUGCACCGAGUGACUCGGACACCGCAGUUCCUGAUGAAGACAUCCCAGUCAAGUUCACUAAAGUUAUGGGCAAAGUAUGCACUCAACUUCUGGUGAGUAAUCACACAGAAGAAGAGACAGUUCGCUUAUUUAUGUGGCUGUUGGAUCACUCACUACAGCAUGAAGCAUUUACUACACAGCAGAAACGACGGCUGAGUUCAUGGAGACUCCAGAUUCAGGAUGCAUGGCAUCUGUCCCCUUCUCAACACAAAGCCAGUGACCAGCGUCACGCCAGGCUAAAGUGGCAUCAUCACAGUCAGUUCUCUUCUGGGACGACAAAUGGUUAUUCCCAUUUACACGGAAACCGGGGACAGAGGUUCCCCCCUCCUCAGCCCAUUGGCUGUGGUAACUAUCACCACCGUGGCACGAGCGCCAAGCCUGGAUUCACGUUGUCAUAUCCAUCGGGUCCUCUUGGGCGGCAACAGCAGCAGCACUGCAGUAGUCUGUCCAUGCUGGGAGCAGGUGUCUCCUUCAUGGCGAAGAGACCAAGCUUACAGGAUACACUUCCAGAGCCUCUGCAGCUGCAUGCGUCGCUGCAGAGGACACGUUCAGCUCCGCCAAAACCCAACAACUUCUGCGGCUUAAGUUUUGGGCCCGGAACAAAAUGCGCAACUCCAGAAAGUAACUCGAGUGCUGUCGAUCCAGAAAUCAACUCGCGUUUGGAAUCACUCUGCCUUAGUAUGACUGAGCAUGCUCUGGGUGGCUGUGGAGAGGUAUGAACUUAAACUUAUUCUGACAUUCAGAGGCAUUCAGUGGGCUACCUCACCCUGUGACAUUGCGCCGGCAACAUCUUCGUAUGCUGUCUGGCGCAACUCGUACGUGAAACAUCUCAACAGUAUUUAUGUGUGCAAUAAUGCUGAUUUUUAGUCAUUGUUACCAGUAGAUGAUUCACAAAGCUUCUCCGUCUGUUUGUCUCUGAAGAAAGUAGUUUCACGCUUUGCGAACGUCAGUUCAGUCGCUCUACAGUGCUCGUCUCAAUUAACAGUGAUAAGAUUAAAAUGGUACUGGAACUAUUAUUGAAACAUCAUUCACACUUGAUGAGAGCCUUAAUUGGUGCACUGGAUAUCAACUUUGGAUGAAAUUAUUUUGUUAACAGUGUCCCUAGUGGUUGUUACUACAUGCUGACAGGAUCAGACAUAUACAUUUUUUUUAGCCAUUUUUGUAUGAAUAAUUGUAUCGCACUUUUUACGCCAAUUAUGUAUGUCAAGUAUAUCUUAAAAAGGUGGAAAGGUUCUAGUUUUUGUGAGAUGGGAAUGGAUUGUCUUAAGUUUUAAGAGCUUUUGGUUUGUCUAGGAACGAUACUUGGCCUGCUGCACCGUAGCUAAGUUCUGAGUGAAUGUAGUCGGUUUGUUUUUGUUUGUCGUGACGUAACUGGGGAUUUUCUGUUGCCCAAGUUAAAAACUAGUUCUUUUUUCAUGUUACUAUUAUAAAACUGGGGUAAAAUAAUUUUUUUUAUGCUUCUGUAUUUUAUAUGUUUGUUACUAUUAUAACCAGUCUUUUACAUUUCUCAGUGAGAAAAGUAGUGGUAUUGAUAGAGACGGAGUCAACGCAGUGACAUAUUCAUUUACUAACGUUUGUUUACGUAGGUUUAGUUUAUGGAGGUUAAAAAUCUUUAUGAUAAUUACUGGGGUUAUGCAUUCAACAUUUUAAAAUAACUCAAGAUUUGAGCAAUCCGUUUUCCAGUGGCAGCUGAAAGUUAACGUAUAUUUUCAGGCAUUGUAAUUUAAUUUAAAUUCUUUAGUAGAGAAGAUGGGCACGUUUUAAUAUUUGCUCACAUGUAAAGUGGUCGCAAGAUUUCUGACGGAUCUUACACUAGCUUCAGUACCAUAAAGCUGAAUGCACACGCUACAUUUAAGACUGAUUCUUCGUGUCGGCCCAGUGGUGAUCAGAUUGCCAGUACUUUUAAACCCCGAAUGUUUAUUAUUUGGCUCUUUUUGAUGUGUACGUAGCUUCUUUAGUCUUUCCUAAUCUUUUUCUUUUCUUUUACACAAUGGACUUUGAGAGGAGUGUUUGGAAGAUGAAAUAUGUAACUCUCGUAACCAUUAUAUAUUGUAUAUUUGUGAUGUGGCAUCACAGCGUAAGACUGAGAUUUUUGAAUAUCUUGUGAAGGAGUGUAGCAAAUAGAAUGUUUAGCUGGGGUUAAUUUCUGUGCAUACUUGUGAAUUUGUAUUCCGUGUAUCGAUGGUAAUUUUGCUAGGUAAAUAAUGCUAGCAUGGUUUCUGGCUGAAAUAUUAAUUUUUGAGGCAUUUGUGUUCCUGCAUUUGUUGUAAAGGCUUCAAGAAAGCUUAUAAAACAUUUGAGAUAUCUUGGCAUAUUAGAAAACGAAACUAGAAUGAAAUAGCGAUAACUAAUUUAAAAGUUUCAAUAAAAUAACACUUAGUACAGAGACGCAUAGGAAGAUUACGUCCAAAGUCAUACAAACAAUAAGAAAAGCCAUUUUUUGCUCAUAUCACUGUAUUAUCAUAUUUAAUAUUCUUAAUAUCUCCUGUGAAUUUAUCAAAAUGCAACUUCUACUGGUUUAUGCAUUAAAAGUUCUGUUUAUUAUACUGUACUUCUUUAGAAAGCAGUUUAAAUCGAACGUGGAGAAAUUUCUUUCAUAUCUUAAUCCCCCACUCUUUAUUUUUUUUAUUUUAUCUUUUCGUACCUUCCCUCUCCUGUGCGUGUUUAUCAUCCCUUCGAUAUCUGGCUCCUUAGUGCUUCUCGCCAUUCCUUGUUACUUUACCCUUUAACACAUUACAUUUGAAUUUCUUUAAGCAUAAGGAAAUAACUUAACCACAAUUUCCAAUUUGAAUAUAUUAAAGACUAAUAUAAUACCCUGUUAAUAUAAAUCUGAAACACUUUAUUUGUGUAAAAAAAUGUUGGUCAAAACAUGCCGUUACAGGAGUACCAUAAUUUCAGCUUUCUUUCAUUGGUCCUCUUCUGACAUCAAAUGUAAACUCUCAUGCAAAUUAUGAAACCAGUAGGAAUUAAAUCGGAGAUAGUCUUAGAUUCUUUCCUUGCAUGUUUUAAUACAUAAAAGUAUGAAGACAGAAUAUAUAAUAAUACAGUAACUUUAAUAAAAUAAACAUUGAAUGUAGUGUUUCUUAUGUGCUUCUGUGUAUGCUUUUGAAGACAACUGAAUUCAGUUUAACGUUGUGGUAUAAUAAACAGAAUUUUUAGAGCAUGGUGACUUCUAUUGUCCUUGACGUGAUGUUUGAAACAUUUUCAUAAAUCAGUUUGUUCUUUAAAAGUGAAUGUUUGUUAAAAUAUAUUUACAUAACUGUGUGUGCAAUUACUUAAUGUUUUUUAUCAAGUCAUGUACAGAAAUAUCAGAAAUGAUUAAAGGCACAUAUACGCAUAACUAAACUUUUAUCAGCUGGAAGGGAAAUCCAUUUGCCAUAUGCACUUUAAAUGGGACUCUAUCGUCCCCUUUCGUCAUGACAUUAUUUAAAGCUUAAACAUUCACAAGAGACCGAUGUGUGUUUAAAAUCCUUCUAUAUGUUUCUUGUAUUAUCAGGUAUGAAAUUUUGAGUCACGCACUUUAAAAGGGUGGAUUUACAUAUUAACAUCCGCCUGAAAUUUGAAAAAAUCUCGAAAUUCUUAUAGUUCCCUGCAAGCAGCUGUUUCUUUUUUUGUCCCACAAAACAUCAAAAUCAGAUAAAUAUCUAAAAAUGCUUCAGAAGAAUGUCAUAUUUUCUCAUGCCUUUCACAAAUCCGUACCCAUACCUGCCGAUUCCGUAAAGCUGUUAGUACUUAAAUAGAUUAAAGAAGUG